UGUCUUAGUUCCAGUGGUCAGAAAUCAGAACCACACACAUAAUUGUCUUACUUCUGUAUGCCUAAACCAAAGGAAUGGGAAUGGCAAUUUCAAAGGGUCCUGUCGACGUAUGAGUAGGCAGGAGUAAGAAUGAUUUAUGGAUUAUGUGAUUUCACACACCCAAAGAGAGCUCUGUAUUGAAGGAUUUCCAGUGGCACUGGAACACCCCUAAUCAUUGAACCCACCUCAUGUUCAGGUGAGAAGAAAGGUGGAUAGAUGGAAAGAGAGAGAGCGAGAGAGAGAGAUGAGUAUGAAAGUGAGGUAGAGACGAAGGGUAAGCCAGAGAGGAAAUUGCGUGAAGGGGCGAUGGUGGGAGAGCAAGAGGGAUUUGGGGUAUCAGACUAAGAGAGGGAGUAAUAGAGGGAAGAAGGGAACCGGGAGGGAGAGAGCAAAAGACUGACAGGGGAUUUCAAGACUGGAGAGUCAGCAGUGAGAAUGUUUGUGGAAAGAGGAGGGGGGAUAAGUAUUGAGAAAAAGAGGUAGGGAAGGGAGAGAGGUGAGGCUUGGUUUGAUUCAUGUUGUGAUCAGAGCCAAUAGAAAGCCCCCGUCUAUGUCUAGGAGGAAGCAGAAGUGAGAGUCCAAACCCAGCAGGAGACAUACAGAGACGCACAGACCUACAGACACAGAACUAGGAUACACAGACAUAGAAACCCAUUGGCAUGGAAAGAAAGAUUACAGAGAAAGGAGAAAGAGAUAAUUACAUAUAUUAUUAGAUAAUAUAUAUUUGAGAUGGAUAUGAGAUAGACAUGGAUUAUUAAUAAACUCAAAAAUACAGACUCUGGAGAGAAACAGGACCACAGACCUUGGGAUACUCAACUGACAAUCCCACCUCAGCAACCACUGCUGUUCCCAUGGAAACCAACACCAGGAUUCACUCUCCAGGACUGAAUGUUUUGGAGAAUCACUCUUCCAGUCCUACUGGCUGGGGUACUCUGCGUAGCCACAGAAACAAGGAAGCCCCGCCCCCAAGGCUCCAUCCCCUCACCUUUCAAGACCAAAGGCAACCUGUCAGAUCGUCAGCGCCUGUUGCCGCGGAAACCCGAAGUCCUUUCGUCAAGUCGGGAGGCCCUGGUGGUCACCGAGCGCCGGUACCUCCGACGUGACUGGUGCAAGACGCAACCCCUCCGCCAGACGGUGAGCGAGGAGGGCUGCCGAAGUCGUACGGUGGUCAACCGCUUCUGCUACGGCCAGUGUAACUCCUUCUACAUCCCCCACCUCAUGGGCCCCAGCUCAAAUCGAGGGCCAGGGUCCAGCCGGAAAAACCACAACAAGGUCCAGGAGCCCUUCCAGUCCUGUUCCUUCUGCAGGCCGCACCGCUUUACCCAGCUUACUGUUCAGCUGGACUGUCCGGGCCUGCAACCUACCUUUCGCCAUCGCAAGGUACAACGUGUCAAACAGUGUCGCUGUAUGUCGGUGGACAUGACUGGUAACGGGAAACUGUGAGGAGUUCUUUGGAACCAUACCAUGACAGUCACCAUGGAUACUAAUGUGACAGUGAAAGUGAACAUUAACAUGAACAUGAAUAGCGUAGAUAUGACAGGGGACAAGGUAGUACUUCUCCCUUAUAUUGGAUUAUUCUGCAUAAUCACAUUGAUUGGUCACACAAAAUGAACCUGACAAGUACUGAUAGUACAGAGUGGCCCAGCUAUAAGACCGUUGACUAUAUGGACAGCUAUGGUGAAAACUACAAUGUGCAGACAUAAAUGGAUGGAUGCAUAGCACAACACCAACUGAAGCACAGACAUGCUUCAGUUCAACACAGUCAAUCAUAUGAAACAACUGGGUCCUUCGACUCUCUAUAAGCUCAUACAGGUUGUGAUAUUACCUUACCUAGGGCCAUGGACUGAUGGCCCCUUUCAUCUGGCUGUUGGCUCUAGAAGGAACAUACAUAUACAACCACAAACACAGCACCAAGUUCUAGACUGAAAGGGGAGCUCUUAAGCUGGCUGUGUCAUUUUUUACUGGGUUUACCUGGGGGAACUCUCCAGCCAAUAAUGCUACGGACUGAGAGAAAGCCCCCUAGCCUGUCUAAGUAUCUGCCUUUGGAUUCAAGAGCCGCCUGUGAAAUAAUUCAGACAAACAUCAAGCUAACCAGUAAAGAAAUGAUAUUAUUAUAUUAUGUAUAACUGUGGUACUAUAUAAGUGUAUGUCAAAAGAUAAGACACUAUAAAUAUAUAUACAAUCUA